UAUUCAGCGGAAUUCUUAAGCUAGGGCUUUAACUUUUUGGAAUUAGGAUAGAAAGAAUCAAAUUCGUUUCUAGCAGAUUGCUCUUUAUCUUCUUCUUCUUCAUCUCUUUAGCCUUUUACACGCAGCAGCCCAGAAAGGUACACACAGCAAGAAGAAACCAUGCCGAAGAACAAGGGAAAGGGAGGAAAGAACAGGAAGAGAGGAAAGAAUGAAGCAGACGAUGAAAAGCGUGAACUUGUAUUCAAGGAAGAUGGGCAAGAGUAUGCCCAAGUGCUUCGUAUGCUGGGCAAUGGCCGGUGUGAAGCCAUGUGCAUUGAUGGCAGUAAGCGCCUUUGCCAUAUCCGUGGAAAGAUGCACAAGAAGGUUUGGAUCGCUGCCGGUGAUAUAAUUCUCGUUGGACUUCGUGACUAUCAGGAUGACAAGGCCGAUGUGAUCCUCAAGUACAUGCCUGAUGAAGCAAGGCUCUUGAAAGCAUACGGCGAGCUUCCCGAGAACACGCGACUCAAUGAAGGCAUUGUUGACGAGGAAGAUGAAGGGGGUGCAGAUGAUUAUGUCGAGUUUGAAGAUGAAGACAUUGACAAGAUCUAGGGUUUUGUAUUUCUUUUGUUCAAAUGAUUUGCAUAAAUGGCACAAGAGAUCUGGGAUUUCUCCCAUUAGAAAAUUAUAAGUUCUGAAUAUGUCAGUAUUAGGUGCAUGUUGUUACUUUUACUGUAAUCGCGUUCCAUAUCUCAAAUUUACUU